AUACACGCCACGUACCAGAAAGAACCAAAGAAAUCGCCAGAGUAGUACUAGAAAAGUUGGUAGAAAAGGCGUUUCUCCGACUUUAGUUUAGUACAAAUAUGUCUGGAAAAUCGACAACAGCUGUCACAGAAGGAGGUGGUGUGGAUACUUCACAAGGAACCAGUAACCCACUAUCCCGAAAACUCAACAAAAUCCUUGAAACAAGGCUUGAAAAUGACAAGGAUGCACUCGAGGCUCUGAAGGCCCUUUCAGCUUUCUUCACAGACAACAACCUUCGCAGUCGUAGGAAUUUAAGAGGAGACAUAGAACGAAGGAGCUUGGCCAUCAGUGAGCAGUUUGCUGAUGCCUUCAGUGUGGUUACUGAUCAACUGGAUAGCAUUAAUCAAGAUGUAGAAGCUAUGAACAACAGCUGUCAAGAUAUGACAAAGAGACUGCAGCUUGCCAGAGACCAAACAUCUGAUCUGAUAAACAAAACUACAGAACUUCAGAAGGAAGGGCAGAGGUUGGAUAUGAGAGCCCGCGUGGCUGAUGCCUUCUUAGCUAAAUACCAACUGAAACCAGAAGAAGCAAGAGUGUUACGGGGAACGAGAGAUGGACAAUUACAAGAGGAUUUCUUCAAUUCUCUGACGAGAAUCAAACAAAUUCACAAUGAUUGUAAGGUAUUACUGAGAACCAAUCAGCAGACAGCAGGCUUGGAGAUCAUGGAAUCAAUGGCUUUGCACCAAGAGACUGCAUAUGAGAGACUCUACAGAUGGACACAAGGUGAAUGUCGGAGCAUGACGGGUGAUUCCUUUGAGGUGACUUUACUCCAUUGUAAGGCGAUGGAGGCUCUUCAAGACAGACCUGUCCUCUUCAGGUAUGCUUUAGAUGAGUUUGGUACAGCGAGAAGAACUGCUAUGGUGAGAGGAUUUAUUGAUGCUUUGACUAGAGGAGGCCCAGGGGGUACCCCUCGACCAAUAGAGCUUCAUUCCCAUGAUCCAAUGCGUUACGUUGGCGAUAUGUUGGCAUGGCUACACCAAGCAUCGGCAUCAGAGAAAGAACAUCUUGAAGCUUUGUUGAGGCUCGCAUCAGCACAAUCACGAGAAGAAGAAAUUCAAGAGAUUCUGAGCCACAUUACAGAGGGUAUCUGCAGACCAUUCAAGGUUCGUGUUGAACAGGUGAUCGUAGCUGAGCCCGGACCAGUGCUGCUUUAUAAACUCACUAAUCUACAUAAAUUCUACAGAUACACGAUUGGUCAGCUGCUGAGCAAGGAAGCUUCCCUGUUGGCCACCCUGGAAGAAAUGGAGGAGUUUGCGCAGAAAGUAUUCUUCAAUGCCUUGAAUGUCAUGUCAUCAAAACUGGUUGAUAAGGUGGAACUACCACCAGCUGAUCUUGGUCCCACAGGGUCGUUGACCCAUACUCUGAGUCUGCUACGAGAGAUACUCACUUCCCAUGAUUCAUCGGUUGUUUCCAUGGAUUCAAGACAAGCUGACUUUGCCAAGAUCAUUGGAUGUGUGUUGGAUCCUCUUCUUCAGAUGUGUUCUCUGUCAGCCAGUAAGCUGAACCCAUCGGACAUGGCUGCGUAUAUGAUCAACUGUCUGUAUGCGAUGCAGACGACGCUAUCACUGUACGAAUAUACGGACCAGAGACUGGAGAUGCUUGAAGCACAAGUUGAUGCUCAUGUAGACACACUAGUCAACGAGCAGGCAUCUUUUGUUUUAACACGAGUUGGUCUCAUUCAGAUCUAUAGUAUUGCACAGCAGCAUGUUACUUCGGAGGGUCCAUUGUCAUCUGUUCAUGGAAUGGAUUCAAGUUCAGUCAGGGAUGGCAUUAAUCGUUUUGAUUCCUACCUUGGUUCCCCCGAUAGCUUCACUCUACCACAGACCAAGCUACUGCAUAGUACAACAGUCAGGGAGAAGAUACAGAAGAGAUCCAUAGCUCUAAUCUGCAGUGCAUAUGAGCUUCUGUAUACAGCCAUCAAUCAUCCUGCUAAUGAUUAUACAGAACCUGGAUCUAUUGCCAAGAGAACACCGGAUCAGAUCAAAUCUUUGGUUUCUUAAAUGAUCACCAGAGGCAAGGGGGGGGGGGGGGGUCAAAAAGAUUAAGUGUCACUUAGUGUUGCACUUUCAUUGCCAGUUGUGUGCAGUAUAAAACCCAUCAUUUCUGCCUUUAAUGGCCCGUAUUCUGAUUUCGCAUUUGAUGUAAGAUCAGGGCCCGGUCUUACAAAGAGUUACGAUUGAUCCGAUCAAUCUCAACUGUAUGGAAAUCCAUCCAUACCAUUUUUUUCUACAGGAAAUUAUCUCAUUCUCCUUAGUAAACAGAUUCAUACUGAAUCUUCAAGAGAAUGAUAAAUUUAUGAAUGUACAUCAAAUCUAGAAAAUAUUUGAACAAACUUACAUUUUAGAUAUUGAUGUUGCUGGCCAUCCAUACUUGUGGUUGAUCGGAUCAACAGCAACUCUUGGUAAGACGGGGCCCAGUUCAGGGGAGCGUUUCAUCAAUAUUUUCUUAUGAAAACUUUCCUUGAUUUUUGAUUGGCUGAGAAGCACUGUUCCUAUGGUAACUGUCGGAUAAAAUAGGACUUGUUGGCCAAAACGUCUGACAAGUCCUUUCAAAGUUUUGUUUAGAUUAUGGAUAGCCAUCUGUGUUAGAAAUCUCAAACAGAAAAAAAGUCAAUAUGACAGCACAUUUGGUGCUCACUUCAUUCGUAAGAGUUUUGGAGUGAUGAAUAAAAUACUUUUCUCCACCGUUAAAGCUAUGAUAAAAAACACAAUGAAUAAAUCAAAGCGUACAAUUUCAGUAAAACAUCGUACAUUUUUUGCUUCCCAUAAUUUUAGCACAGAGUUAGACAGUGGUCUAAGUUAAACCUGAUUACGGAAUAUUGGCCCUUUGUGACACAUCCCCAGUGUGAGCUGCUUUACAGACAUGUAGAAUAACAUAACCCCUGUUUUACAAAGAGUAAUGAUUGAUCCGAUCAACCUCAACUGUAUGGAAAUCCAUCAAUGUGAUAAUUUUUUCAACAGGAAAUUUGCAUAAUGUUCUUUGCAAACAAAGAGAAGCACACUGAAUAUUCAAGAAAGCGAUAGAUGUACGAGUAUUGCUCAUAUCUUGAAAAUAAUUUGAAAAACAUGCAUUUUAAAUGUUAACAUUGCUGGCUUUCCAUAGUUGCGGUUGAGCGGAUCAAUUGCAAUUAUUUGUAAGACGGGGCCCAGGCAGUCGAUUAAACCGGGCCUGGAUCGGUUGCCUAGAGAACCCUUUUAAUAUUGGAUUAAUUUUUUUUUUCCUAGAGAUAUGCAGCCAACACAGCCAGUAAAUAUACUAAGUAUGGAUUUUUUUCCCAAGAUAAUAUUGGGUCAGAUGAACUCUUUAGUUUUCAUGUGUUGAAAUGCAAAUUAAAAAAUCAAGUGCGAGUCCCUACAGACCACCGCACACCUUACGACCCGACUGGUCUACGACUGGCUUGCGACUGAGUGAGGGGAGAUGUGACGUCACAGCUCUUGUCAGCUUGAGAGUCGCAGACCGGUCUGAGACAUGUCGCAAGGAAAAUCGUAAGGAUUUGACAUGUCGAAUCCUUAUGACUGGAUCGCUAGCUCAAUCCAACUUCCAGCCAAUCAGACAGCAGAGUUGCACGACGCGUAUAUGAUAUACAACGCGCAUACGCAGUAGUAAGCGCCAUUUUCUCAGUUGCUAUGGCAAAAAGCAAAAAGGGCAUGCGUGAGUCGCAGACAGCAUGGUAGUCGGAACGCAAGGUGUGCGGUGGCGAGGCUUAUGACUACCUUGCGAUUCAUCUCCCAUCGCUCAGUCGCAGACCAGUCGGGUCGUAAGAUGUGUGGUGGCCUUAAUACGUGCAUUCCAUUGUUUGAAAGUCAAGUUGUAAUCGAUUUAUGGAGUCAUGUUUAAUUUCAACAGUUUUAUUUAAAUUCUUUCAUUAUUGUAUUAGUCCAAUCCAAGCAUCAUGUGUUCAAACAGUAAAUUGCUCCGUUACCUAGUUUCCUUGAAAUUAAUGUACAAAUAUUUCCUUCGGAGACUGUAUAUUUUCAUGGUAUAGUUGUAUUUGAUAAUGUUGGCACCAAUUGACCUUUGACAUCCAAAGGGUUUUCAUGAAGAUUUAUAAAACGGAUAUGAAGGGAAUCACUGCAUUUAUCAAUGUAAUAUGCAAAAUAACCUUACUUGUAUGAGAAUAUUGUUUUUGAAUGUUUCAGUUUUGAUGGUUGGAGUUAAUAUACAUAUAUGAAUUAAUAAUUGGAAAGGAUGAUGAGAUUCUUGUAAAUAAUAUUUAAAGAUGAAAUAAAAUAUUCUCAAAUGA